AGGGACUUGAUGUUUGGACUGCGCCUGCGCGAAAACGUCACCGUAUUUUUCUCGACGCAGCUGACGAUGUAAACAAGAAAAGACAGUCGAGGGCAACAGGGAUCAAAUAGGCCGGUGUCACCGCAAAUGAUAGCCAAUAUAUGCUCAUAAACGGCUGACAUGGGGCUGCCUGUUACGAUUAAAGUAAAUUUCCGUGGGAACGUGAAGAGAUUUCUAGCUCAGGAUUUGGACAAACUGGAGUGGGAGUCCGUUGAAGCCUGGAUCAAAGCGUCUUUUGGGAUCAACCACUUUCAAAUCAAAUACUUUGAUGAGGAUAAUGAAGAGAUUUGUAUAAACAGUCAAGAUGAAUAUGAAGAAGCCAUCAAGAGUGCAGAGAAGCAGGGGAACCAGUUGCACAUGAACGUGUACAAGAUGAAGGGUCAGGCCUGUGGAGGCCCGCUGAAGACGGAGGUGAAGGAGCUGAAAGGAGACCUCCGGCCUGCUCCUCCGUAUCCAUCAAAGGUCAAAACGGUGGAUAAAGGCACACAAGUCACCCCGGAGCGAGAAGCUGUCACAGUAAAGGACAACAAGGGGAACAAGCCAGAAGAUGAACCACCUCCCAUGUGGUUUAGAUCGUACAUGGAGAAGUUUAAAGAUGAGGUAGUGAAAGAGGUGGUGGAAAGGAUGUGCAAUGACUUUUCUGGCCAGUGUUGUACCCACAAAUCACCAGAUGGGCCCCUUGAAGCCAGUGGCGGUCCUUUAGGGCCAGGGCCGGGCCCCUCCACCUCAAGUGGGUCCCUGGGCUACACCCCCAACUGCAGCAGCUGCAACAAACUCACCUCUGAAGGGGCCUACAAGUGCAGUGUAUGCCCGUCCUGCAUCCUGUGUGAGAUGUGCAGACACAGCCAUGACCCCAGCCACAACCUCGUGAGAACCAAGACACCUCUCUCCAUCCCUGAGCAUGGCAUGUCGGGAGAGUUGAGGUUCCCAAGGCGAGGAGACAUGACUGUGCGCAAGGCCGAGCGACAGCGCCUCAAAGCUGAAAGGAGGCAGCUCAGAGCUGAAGUGAAGGAAAUCAAGAAGAAACUGAGACUGGAGAAGAGGGGGCUGCAGUGGAGUGGGCCCUCUACCUCAGGCAGAGCCAACCUGACAAACAUGGCCUCCACGUCCACGCAGGUCCCAGCCCUGUCCCCCCCUGCUGCCACAGAAACUGCCUCAGGUCCAGCCCCAGCCCAAGGUCCCGUCCCUGCCCCGGCCCCUGAUCCCCAGACCUCCAGUCCAGAGGGUCCCGGGGUCUCGAACACGUCCUUGGUUCCUACUAUGGCUGCCUUGUUUCUGGAUGAAAAUCUGCCGGACGGCACCCGUCUGGAGCCUGCUACCAAGUUCAUCAAAUACUGGAAGAUGAGGAACUCGGGCACUAUCAGCUGGACCUCAGAGACUAAGCUAGUGUUCAUGUGGGGAAACCUCGGCCUGGCGUCAGAGGAGAGGAAGGAGGUGCCGGUCCCCUUGCUGCUGCCGGGACAAGUGGGAGUGGUCAGUGUGGCCUUUGUGGCCCCCGUGAUGGAGGGGACGUACACCUCCCACUGGCGGCUGGCGCACUGCGGCUGCCAGUUUGGCCCCCGGGUCUGGUGCAGCAUCGUAGUCGACCUCGGUGACGGCCGGAACGCACCCGGGCAUCAGAGCAAACCACUGAAGGAGGAGGAGAGUCCAGUGGAGAAGGAGGAGGAGGAGGAGGAGGUCAGGUCAAAGGACAGCGGCCCUGUCUUUCCUGUAGACCUGAACCACGAAGACUACUACUUCCCCUCCGUGGACCUGCUCACUGCACAGGAUCUACUGUCAUUUGAGCUGCUGGAUAUAAAUAUUGUGCAAGAGUUGGAGAAGGUUCCAAACAACACUCCUGUUGAUUUGACUCCCUGCAUAUCUCCUCUGCCCCAUGAUCCACCAGUGUUGGAGGAGCCUGUAAAUUCCCAGAUUAAAGAAGAGGCAGAGGUCACAGGGGUCAGAAAGCUUUUUGCAGUAAAACUGAGGCAGCAGAAGGAGCAGCUGGAGCCUUUGGUCCAGGAGGAGGACCGGGAGGAGGAGAUCAGUGGAGCCCAGUUCCUCUGUGAGACUGUCAUCCGCUCCCUCACCUUAGAGGAGGCCCCUGAUCACAGACCCCUGCGCAGGGCCCAGCACAGCAGCCACAAACCUCAGGUUGUGUCGCGGGGCACCAGCUUUUGCUUGGAGAGGGUUGUAGAGGCUGAGCAGACGACAGAGACAGUGCAGGAGGGAAGUGAGGAGAUCUGUGCUGUUAGACUGGAGAGUUCAGCUCUGCCUGUCAACACAGGCCUCAACCAGAUCACAGAGGAAGAGGAGACCAGACCAGUUUUGCUGGAACCAGCAAAUGAAAACCUGCAUACGAGUUCACAUCGUGAUAUCGAGAACGAACAAGUCAUUGAUGACAUGCAGAGCAUGGCAGAAAUUCAAGAGGAGAAAGAGGAGGGUGGAACUAAAGGAGAAGACUGGGAGGAGGUCAGCAGUCAGACCUCCUCAGUCUCCUCCUGCGACGAUUACAUCAUCGUCCUCCCAGACUGCUUUGACACCAGCCGGCCUCUGGGGGAGUCCAUGUACAGCUCCGCCAUGUCACAGCCGGACCCCGCCCCCCCCACUUCUGCUGCUGCUGAUGAUGUGACCCCAGCCGAUCCGGACGCACUGCAGGAGGAGGAGGAGGAGGAGGAGGAAGAGGAAGACUCCAACUCGGAGCCGGAUGACGUGGCCCCGCUGAGAGAGAGGCAGGAGGCGGUGGAUGCAGAGGAUUUGUCUGUGAACACCUGGCCCCCGCCCGGCCCCCCCCCCCACAGCAGUGUGAACCAGAUGCUGUGCGCCUCCCAAACCCUGGACGCCGUGACGCUCACGCCUGUAGUGGUGCCUCCACCAGUGCUGCCUGACCCCCUGCUGCCCCCCCCCACACUCUACUCACCCAGGUCUGAGGCACUGUACCUGGCCGAGGAUCCCAGUCCUCCAGCCUGUGAUCCAUAUGAGCCACAUCAACCGAGGGUCCACCUAAAUGUAUCAUCUGGUCUGUCGAGAUCAGCAGGCUCAGCAUCCAGUGCCUUUGAGACAUACAACCCCAGACCCAGCAACGCUUUGCAGCCAAGGGGCCAAGGAGGCAUCACCGAGGGACUUGUCAAAGGGGCCCUCUCUGUGGCAGCGUCCGCUUAUAAAGCUCUCUUCACAGGACCAAACUGCUCAAUACAGCGAGGCAUCGACCCGGCCACCCGGCAGGACCCUUCCCUGAUGGCCAUGCUGCUGGAGAUGGGCUUCAGAGACCAGCGGCUCAACCAGCGGCUGCUGAGGAAGCACGGCUACAGCCUGCUGCACACCGUCAACGAGCUGGUGCAAAUCGCCGAGGACAACCAGAGCAAAGCUGUCAAUGCUCCGCACUGAGCCAGGGAAACGCUACUCUAAAAAUAAAUGUAGGCCUAUUUGACUUUUAAACAUUAGCCUACGUCAAGAUAAUAUUAAGAUUAUGACCUGCGUAUAUAUCACCCUUUCCAGUGUCUAGAUUUGUUUUAAAUUAUGUAAAGAAAGAUGUUUAUGAUUCGUGCAAUUCAAUACUUUUCCAAAGGGUGGAUGGUUAUUUAGAAACUGAUAUUAGCGAUAAUAAGACGGCAAUGUCUCUAAAGAGGAUUUAUUUCUUGGACUUGUUCAUCAGAGAGAAAAUAGAUAUUAGGCGCUUUCACACCGCAGUACUUUUCCCACAAAGGUUCAUGAGAACUCUUUAGUUCUCAUCAACUAAAGAGCAGAUCGCGUUCACGGUUCACACCAGAAUAAGUCCCUGGGGGGUGGAUUAGGCAAAUGAAGCUGCUGACGUCACUUCUUCUUCUUCUUCUUCUGCUUUGGGUUUACUGGCAGGCCGCAAACAACUUCACGGCGUAUACUUCUACUGAAGCCUUCC